AUGGACCCAGAGCCGAAUCUCUGGGAGAAGGGAGCGAGACACCUGGUCAAGUACGCGAACCUCCUCCUCACCUACGACAGCAAGUUGCCCCGACACCUGGUCAAGUACACGACGUUCUCCCACGACAUCCACGUCACAACCGAACAACACCUGGUCAAGUACACGAAGCUCCACAUCAGCUCUGUGGAGUCUCAGUGGCCGACCCACUACGACAAGUCCAGCAAGCAGCUGUCCACGAUCGACCGCAUCUUCUUGGGCAUCGACGCGCACGCCAUGCUCUCGGUCUCGACGAUCCUCACCACUGCGAGGGACGCGAUGGAGCUUUCCGAGGAGGGCAUCAGCGACCACGCGCCCCUCGUCCUGCAGAUCACUGCCGCACGCCAGGUACCACGAGACGAGCAGCCAAUCCCGACGCACCUCUUCAACCACAGGAAGUACCUUGAGACCUACACGCUCAUGCUGGACCACUGCUCCUUGGCGGGGGAAACGGCGGAAGGCCGCUGGAGAGCAGCGAAGCAGUGCGUGAAACUUGCAGCGCGACGCGUUCGUGAUGACCAGCUGCGGACCAACUUCUCCCUGCACGUCAAGGACUCCAUGGUCGAGACCUCGCACAUGGGCUUCAAGUCGGCGGCGCGGGCUGUCUGGCGACAGGACGCUGCCCUGGCAGGCAGGCUUCUCGAGUCCUGCCCUGCGCUGGCCGCCCACCUCCACGUUACCGACGGCACCGUGCGCCUCGUGGACCCCCACAGCUUCGCCACCAACUUCGACGCCGUCGCCGAGCGGGUGCACUCCCUGCGCAGGCAGGCGGCGGAGGCAGCAGCUCGGACGGCCAACGUGCGCGACAGCGCAGCCUGGCGGAGGGUUGAGCGCAAGGCCGCCAGGCAUGCGCAGCUCUGGGUCCCGCGGCGGCGACGUAUGAUCCUGUCGGGCCUGCGCGUGGACUCCGCACCGUGUGCCGCCAAGGCCUCGAAGGUGGCUCAGCACGUGGUCUCCGAUCCCGCGGGCAUGAAGGCGACCGUGGCGAACUACUGGGGUGAGAUCUUCGCGAAGGUGCCGAACUCUGAACAGCUCAAGGCCUUGGGCGCUUUCCUGGACAAGCACGCGCCAAGGAAGCCCGCGCCCAUCGCCGCAUCAUCUACCUCACCCGAGCAGAAGGGCUUCACUGCUGGGCGGCGCUUCGUCGACCACAUCCCGUACCUGGACGCGGAAUGCCGCCGGGAGGGCCUUCUUCCUGACGCGGCGACCCGCCGCCCCAUGUUCCCCAUGUUCCGCGACUUCCGUCAGGCCUUCCCCUCACUCUUCAGGGAAGUCAUCGAGAAGGUCCCCCCGCGCUUCGGGGUCCCGCUGGGCUUCUGCAACGUGGUCGCGGCGCUCUACAGCAACUGCCUCGCCUUCAGCUCCUUCCGCGCCGAGGGCACCAGCGCGGAGUUCGAGCCGCUGUUCGCGCUCCUAUGCGGCAUCAUGCAAGGAUGCCCGCUCUCUGGCACGGUCUGGUGCUUGGCCAUGGACGCGCCCAUCCGCGCGCUGCUGGUUGCGAUUGCAGAGCAUGGGUUCCUCACGGCUUGCGCCGACGACCUCGGGAUGCUGAUCAAGAACGCUGUCGCCCUCCCUAGCAUCGACUACACCUUCGUCUCCAUAGAGUUUGCCUUCAACCUGCAGCUGGCGCUGCACAAGUGCGUGCUGGUUCCGCUGUGGGAGGAGCUCUCGGAGGACACACUGCAGGACGUUAAGUCUUUCCUCGCUGAGGAGGUCCCCCGCUGGUCGGGCUUCCGCGUCGACUCCACGGCCAAGUACCUGGGGACUCACCUGGGGCCAGGCGCCACAGACUUCGGCAUCUGGAAGGCUGCUGCGGGGAAAUGGUGGACCCGCUGCUGGGAACUGGCGCGCACUGGCAUGGCCACCAGCCUUGCGGCCCGCGCGUGCAACAUCAACGCGCUACCGUGCCUGUCGUACCUCGCGCAGUUCUACUUCAUUGUGCCUGCCAUCUGGAAGGUCGAGUUCACCUCCCUGCACCGCCUGCUGCGGCUGCCGCCCUCGUCCAUGCGCAAGGCCGACAUCCUGUCGAUGAGCGCGUGGUGCGGCUCCCCCUCGCCGACGGGCCUCUUCCCGUACACGCUCGCGGCGAUGAUGCGCACGGCGGAGAACACGGUUCGCGAAUGGGAAGCUCACCUUCACCACCUUCAUGAAGCUGCGGUGGAGCAUGUCCCACUGGUCGACGUGAUCAAGGGCAACUGGUCGCCGCCGUGGUGGCAGGCGCGGAGGGCGAUCGUACAGGACUUCGCCAUCAUCACGGACACCUACGGCCAGUUGAACAUCCCCAGACCGACGCUCGAUGUGCUCCCGGUCCCGAUUCCGAGCAGGUACUUCAAGAUUGCGAAGGCGGCGAUGACCCUGGAGACGAAGGCGGCGGCAGCGGCCAUCCCCCACAGGAAGCCCAAGCGCCAGGCCACGGCCGCCAUAUCGCUCCGAGGCUCGCUGUACCCCGAGGACCUGGUGGCCACCAUCCACCGUCGGCUGCGCAGGUGGGGAGUCGUGUGCUCGCUUCCCGAGCUGCGCGAGAGGUGGCCUCCGCUGCGUGACAAGCUGACGGAGGUCCGCCCUGCAUGGAUGUGGUCGUGGAUCCGCACCGCGGUCAACGGCUGGACGACAUCUCGCCGCAUGAGCGCCGUCAUCGAUGCGCGUCCAUGCCUGUUCGGCUGCGAUGAGGAGGACGCGCUCGAGCACUACAUCGUCUGCCCGAUCCUCAGGGCGAUGACCGCGGGCGACGCUGGCGCGGACUCCCUGGGCCACGGCGUCGAGCUCCUCGGGUUCGGCGACGCGCAGUUCCACGCAAGGAGACCGAUCACGGACUGCAUCUACUCGGUCGGCCUCUUGUGCCAGUGCUACCACAUCCAGAAGCACCGCGUGGACGUGGGCCUGGAUGCCGGAGCGGAUCAUCGGAUGGCCGCAGAAGGCGGCCAGGCGCUGCUCGCGCGCGCGGCUGCGCUGCAGAAGGACCUGCGGUCGAAGAAGACCUUCGUCGCCGCGUGCCGCAGUCUGGCGGAGAUCGGCGACCACGAGCAGCUCUCGGAGCCCCUCGCCCUCGCCCUCGCGGAGGCCGGCAAGGUGGCCUUCACGGUGCUUCAGACGCGGUUCUCGAACCCGAAGUUCUGGCAGGCGGGCGCUGGUUGUCUUGGGAGUGAGGCGCACGCGCCCUCCCCGGAUGACGUGGCCAAGUGGCGCGACGCGGCCAUAGAGGAGGUGGACGACGACGCGCGGGAGCGCGCGCGGGAGCAGGCGAAGCUGCGAAAGCUGCAGGAAGACAAGAGGCACAACAAGGGCUUCUGGAGCGACGCCAACACUCCGAUCACGCAGGCGGAGCUGUUGGCCGCCCAGGGGAUGAUCCUGGUAGAGUCCACCCGGCGACAGUCGGCCGGGCAUGUCCCGGGACGCCCAGGACGAGCUGAGACUUUGCACGGUGGUCGAGGACCACCUCCGAGCUGUGCGUGGUGUGCCAGGAGGUGCUGCCCGUGGGCUCAAAGGCGAAGACAAUGCCGUGCGGGCACAAGUUUCAUGACGAGUGCCUCGUCAGCUGGGUCCAGAAGAAUAACACUUGCCCUACUUGCCGCUUCGACGAACUGCCGAGCGAGAAGCCGUAUUAUGAUGACGUGCAACGGCAGGUGCAGCAGGCGGCUCCCGCCGGCAGCCUCUACUCCUGAGGGCUGGCAGCGCAGCGGGCCUGGCGCGCCAGCGGAGCUCUUCCCGGCCGAAGGCCGGCGUAGGUGGUCCCCUGUCGGGUCGGCACGAAGAGUGGCCGACCGGGCGGGAUGA